AUGUCGCCGAAGAGGGGUUCCCGUGCGGACAACUGCAACAAAUGUACUCUUGAUAACAAGAGUCUAGCCUCGCACCUGCCCGACGUGGCAUUGAGAUCAUGGAGUCGUGAACGACUCUACGUCUCUAAUAUUGGCGACUUCUGCGUCCAUUGCCCAGUAAAGCCCCAGAAAAGGAUCGAUUUCGACAUUUUUACGCCCAGAGAGCGUUUGCAGGAUCAGCGCAACGGAUAUGCUCAGAUCUCACAGGGAGGAUGGAUUACAGCAGAUAAGAGCGAGCUGGAACAAGAAUCAAACGCAAGUCGCAGUGCAGGGCAUGAAAAUGAGAUAAGGGAUACCCAUGCUCGACUCUGUUACUAAUAACACAAGCGCAUUGAUCUGCCUAACUUCUUUUCGGCUUCCUAUAGGACUUAGUUAUCUAUAGUUGUUCAACCAGCAUCGAUCAUGCAACGUCCUGACGCGAUCAGCGGUGCGGGAUGUAACACGUGCGAACUCCCACACGUUGAGGCGCGCCGCAGGGACAGUGUGUCAUCGCAAGACGCAGUAGGGGGAGCAAUGCCGAUUGAUACAACCUAUACGUUCCAUUCCAAUAAUGCCCGUUU